AUGCAUUCAUUAUCGGAUGGUUCACUUUAUCCAUGGAUAACAACAACAAUGAUUAGUAUGCUACGAAAUAAGGAUGGAAAAUAUGAAAAUGUUGAAAAUGCUCGACAAGUUAAAUGGUUUUCACGUAGUAGUACGUAUGCGAUGGUAACAUUACAUGCUUUAGGAAUACUUACUGCGACAACGCAUAAUAAAACAGGCCUUAUACGAUAUUAUGGAAGAUGGCCUGUUCUACUUGCUGGCUUUUAUUUGUGUACAUUUUCCGCAGCAUUAUUUGGCUUUAAUUUUUUGAAUGCUUAUGAUGCUAAAAAUAUGGCCCAAAAAAAUGAACAUAUUGGUUAG